UACCAUAUCUUUGGAGCAGCUGCAGUAAAUGAUCUGUCCCCAAGAGUCCAUUUUGAACUUAGCGGUAGGGUCAUUCAAAAUAACGCCCACAUUACUCCUCAGGUGAUGAUGAUGAUGAUAAUGAUGAUGAUAAACUUUAUUUCAGUGUCAGGUCUUCUAGCUGGCCAUGUAAGGCCUACUAAUAAGGGACACUAAAUUAAAAUACUAUCAGCUCUAACUAAUUAAUAUAAAAAAAAAUAUUUGCAAAGAAUAAAAUUUACAAAAAUAUACAUCCUAAAAAAAAUCUCGAUAAAUCGUGUUCGGAUUUAAAGGUUAUAGCGAGAACAUAGUUUUUUCUGUAAUGAGUAAUACUUUGGUCUUCUCGGUAUUGAUGUACAGCUGUACAUUUUGUUUUCAGUUGACCGUUUCUCAAUAUUCUCUAAAUCAUUAGAGAGAGCCCUAGUUAAAGAAGUGAUAUUUUUCCAGUUUGCACUUAAAGACAGGGUGGUAUCAUCAGCAUAUAUAUCAAUGGUUGUUCAAAUGCAAAGGCAUAUCAUUCACAAAUAGUAGAAAUAAAACUGGACCGAGGAUUGAUCCCUGCGGUACCCCUUGCCUCACAGGUUUUAGCUCAGAUGUUAUAUGCCCUAGUUUCACAAACUGUGGUCACCCUUCUCGCUACGAUUGAAACCAUGCCACGCUAUCCGGGCUGGCUCCGUACACUAAUAAUUUCUUCAAUAAUAGAUUGUGAUUGAUUAUGUAGAAAGCUUUGUGAAAAUCAACAAAUACUAGACAUGUGGGUUCAUCAUUAUCCAUUUUAAACAAAAUUUUGUCUGUCAUUCUGAUAAGUGCCAAAAUUAGAAUGAAUUGCCAAAAUGGAACGCUGAUUGUAAUCCUUGAUAAAGCAAAUUGUUCUCUUGAAGAUAUUCAUUUUAAUGGCAACUUUGCUACAUGUUUUCAAGGAUUUUAGAUACAAUUGGCAGCACUGAUAUGGGGCGAUAGUAUUUCUAAGAAGAUAGUGAUAACUUGGAUGGCUAAGAUAACUAAGAUGACAAGGAUGACUAGGAUAAUAACAAAGCGGUCAGUAUAAAACGCGGACCUUGGACCACGGACUGCAGACUGGGUAUAAAACACGGACUGGGGAUAAAAUGGGGAUUAGAAACUAUGGACUGAGUAUAGAACAUGGACUAGGUAUAAAACACGGACAAUGGACUGAGUAUAUAAAAACAGCUUUAGAAGGGUAAAACUGAGAAACGGAUAGAGGACUGCCACUACUCAAGGCAACUGAAAAUGAACCUUGAAUUUUAUAAAAAGGAGGAGUUAGAAGAGAAUACAAUUUAUAGUUUUAAACCAAUAGUAGAUGUGAAACUGAGAAGCACCAAAUAAAAAAAAAAAUAGUAUUGGUGUUAGUUAGGCUAAAACUCGUUUAGAUGCCACAAUUCCACUUUAAAGUCCUGGGGAUAUGAGGAAAUGAAGAACCCAGAUGAGAAGAUCAAAAUAGGAGCAUUCCAUGAUGCAAAAAAGCUGUAUUUAGGGGGGAGGGGUUACUCACCUAUAUAAACAUGAAUAAUAACUGAAAUAAUAUAUCAUCCAACCCUAUAUUCUAAGUGAUGAUGACAUGAUUCACACCUAUGUAAACAUGUACAUUGCGUUUGUGACCCCUGUCAUAGAUGUUAGAGACCAAAAACAGGUCUAAAAAUGGGUGUAGAAAAUAGCAUUUUGGUCAGGCUCAGCAUCUGGAGAACUGGGUGGCACAACUCCACCAAGAAUUUCUAGGAGUGUCUGUAACUUAAAUUCAUGUGUUGUGCUAUGUAGCGAUCUUUUGACCUUAUUUUACCUUACUUAGAACCAAUUAACACAGUCUUUACCAAAAUAUUCUGCAGUCCACAUUUUAUACCUAGUCCACAGUCCGUAGUUUGCAGUCUGCAGUCUGUGUUUUAUACUGACCGAUGAGAAAGACAAGGAUGACUAGGAUGAUUAGGAUAACUAGGGGGACUUAAAUAUAAACUAAGAUGACUUUGAUGAAUAGGGUGACUGUGUUGGAUAACGUACAUACUGGGUACUUGGAUGAGUUGGUUCAUGGAUGACUAGGAUGACUUUAUUAAUAAGGUUGACUGGGAUGACUGGGAUAUCUAGAAUGAAUGGGAUGACUUCCAUGACAAGUAUAACAGGAAUUGGAAGAUGA